ACUGAUGCAGUAGUUGCUGGACGGUGGGUGCGGCGGCAACAGAGCGCCGUGGUGACCUUGUCUUACCGGUUACAACUCUUACAAAAACUAAGAACAUUUCAUCUUUUUUUAAGGAAACUAAAAUGAAACGUCUGUUUUUCCUCUGUUUCUUGGCGAAUUUAUUACUUGGUGACGUUGGAAGAGUAGGAGCCAAUGAGCACGAACUGCAUGAAGAAAAUGCAAAGAAAGUGCCAACUGAGCAAGUGAACUUCAAGGAGGGAGGAGAGUGUUGGCUGGAUGAGACUUGCAACUUGAUCAACGAUACACUACCAAACAUCAUCAUCCUCUUAGCUGACGACCUGGGUUAUGGCGACCUCAGUUUCUCAGGUCAUCCCACCUCCAGGACGCCUCAGUUGGACCAGCUAGCCAGGGAGAGCAGGUUCUUCACUCAUUUCUAUGUGACCAGCCCCGUCUGCAGCCCCUCCAGGGCGUCGCUAUUGACUGGGCGGGUGCAGGUGCGAAGCGGGGUGUACCCAGGAGUGUUCACCGCAGACAACACACUUGGUCUUCCUCGCAACGAGACGACCAUUGCCACCCUCCUCAAGAAAAAGGGUUACCAGACUCAGAUAGUGGGCAAGUGGCACUUGGGUGUGGGCGCCGCCAGAGAGUAUCUACCUAUACACUUCGGGUUUGACCAGUACCUAGGGCUGCCUUAUUCCCAAGACAUGUGUCCCUGCGAUCAGUGUUUUCCACAGGGCCAGCCCUGCUAUGACCACCUCUGCUCGUACUCCAAGGUUUCCUGCCCGCUCUUCAGAAAUUCGAGAAUCAUAGAGCAGCCAGCAUACCUGCCUACCCUGACACAGCGUCUGGUGGCCCAAGCAAAAGCUUUCAUCUCUGAUGCUGCCGCCUCACAACAACCAUUCUUCCUCUACUUCUCUUUCCAUCAUGUACAUCACCCACAAUUCGCCUCCGAGGAAUUCUACGGGAAGAGUGAGCGAGGAGUAUUCGGCGACGCCCUUGAUGAACUGGACUGGGCUGUAAGCGAAGUGGUUGAUCAACUCACCACUCUCGGCCUCAUCAAUUCUACUCUUCUUUGGUUCACCUCAGACAACGGACCGAGCCUGAGGCGACAUGAGCGAGGAGGGUGCGCUGGGCUGCUGCGUUGUGGGAAGGGCACCACCUGGGAGGGAGGUGUCAGGGUCCCUGCCUUCGUUCAUUGGCCUCCCUACAUCACACCGGGUAAAACGUCGGGUCUGGCAUCAACACUGGAUAUACUCCCCACCCUAGCGUCUCUGGUUCACCUAGACACCUCUAACUUAACUUUGGACGGCGUCGACCUCUCGCCCCUCCUCAGGGAUCCUCUCGCUAAGAGUCCUCGUAAGAUGUACGCUGUGUAUCCGCAGUCACCGGAGCAGUCCCUUGGACCCUUUUCCGUCACCAAUGGUACUUAUAAGGCUCAUUUCUACACCAUAGGGUCAGAUCUGUCGGACCCUGACAACUACGACCCCUUGUGCCCUGCGAGCCACCCCCUCACCCCUCACGACCCCCCGCUCCUCUACAACCUCUACCACGACCCCGGCGAACGAUACAACUUGGCCAAUGAUUCCCUCUACCUACCGGUGUUGGAUAUGUUGGGAGAGUGGAGAGAGGAACACAUGAAGACCAUGACGUGGAUGGAGCCCAGGACCACAACCACAGACCCUUUAGCUCAGCCCUGCUGCAACCAACCCUCCUGUCAGCCCUUCCCCGAGUGCUGUGACUGCCCUGUAAUUACACAUCCCAACCAUAUCAACAGCUACCACCUUCAGGAUAAAUCCACAACCCCUUUGGGAGAGGCCGUAGGUUCCGCAAACCAAAGGCAAGUGGGCAUGAAUUAAGUAUUCAGAAGAAGCCUUUAUUCGGACAAUGUGUGUCUACAUUGCGAUUUAUAAGCCCUCCAAGUCACCAUUUUGUUCACCCUUUCUAAAUGUCUGAACCUCCUCAACAACCCCUCUUCAGCCCACCUAAUCUCCAAGCUACGGAUUCUCUGCAGUCUUUACUUAGAGCAGAAGUAUGGUGUAGCAGACAACGCAAAAGACCUUCUGACUUCUUAAUAUAACGUUUCACCUACAUGAGACUUUAUUAAGUAUUUGAUAAAUGAAACAUUGUCUCCUGUUUGUAUGUGUCGUUUAACCAUUUUAAGAGCAUAACGUUGUCCAAAUCGAGACUUGUUCUCCAUGCUUGCGUCUUUGUCCAGCUACCACCUCUACGAUAUCCGAAGAUCUGCUUCCAAACAUCAUGUAGUAGGUUUUGACAAUAUCAAGGGUGAAUUUGUUGAGAGUCAUCCACACAUAUAUAUUUUAGGAGUUCAUCAUUAAAAUUGUCGCUGAGAGUAGUCGGAUUUAAGUGGGAGAUGACAAAAGUCUUGUCAUCUACGAACAGAACAGGUUUAAGGAGAUGAAAUGCGUAGAAGAAAUCAAGAUAAAAAAAUUCUGCAAUGAGGAACUCCUAUGUCGAUAGGCUAAGUUGACGAGGUUACGCUGUUAGUGGAGACAUACUGGUGUCUACUGCUAAGACUAGGUAGGUUAGGGUAUGACCUCAGACCCCACAAUGUUCUAGUUUAAGGUACAGAUGUCACUCUCCAAGCUAUACUAUAAUAUAGCCCACCCUCCAACUUCAAUAACAGUGGUCAUACCCAUGAAGAAAAAAACUAAUGGAAAAGGCUACGAUACAUUUAGCGCUGCCAAACACAAUUCAUCACUAACGAUCAACCAUAGGUAAAUGUAGGUCAAUUUGCACUAAUGUAACCUAUUUAAAUUUUUUGUAAAGGCUUAGAUGGGACAAAAUUCAAGCAAACUGUUAAUGCUAUUUUUCUGCCCUAGUUACUGUAUUUAUAAUUUGCGGAGAUACAAAGUAGCAUUGAUGUUGUGAAACUGAAAGAUAAUAAAAAAUAUAUAUAUAAUAAUAAAA